AUGCUGACAAGAUUAAGGCCUUUUAACCUCUUCAUAACAGAGGCGGUUAUGCCGCUAGUUAAAAUAGUGACACUAUGUGAAGCUCAAUUCUGUGGAUGCGAAAUGUACACACAGGACUUAUCUAGUCCACUCGAUACUGAAGAUGUGUACUACACACAUAAUGGGAGAAUAAUUAAUAAUCUUGAGGAUAUUCCAAAAGAUGCAGUGUUGCAGAAACAUUAUCGUCUUCGCGGUGGCAAAGGUGGUUUCGGAUCUAUGCUGCGAGCCAUUGGAAGUCAAAUAGAGAAGACAACCAAUCAUGAAAUGUGCAGAGAUUUAUCAGGCAGAAGAAUGCGUGAUGUAAAUAUGGAGAAGAGAUUAAAGGAGUGGUAUGCUACAGCCGAUGAGCGGGAGCGUAAGAAGAUGGAAGAAUACCUUGAGCGAAGACGAAAGCGUCAAGAGUUAUUAAAAGAAGGUCCACUACCUGGACACAAAUUCUCUGACCGUGAUUAUGAGCGACAAAAACGAAAAAUUGCAUAUGAACUACGAAGCGCCUUAGACACAGCAAUAGAAAAUGUCUUAAAAGAAACCAAGUCAACAGCAAGUUUGUCUCCAAGCUCUUCGAUAGAACAGCACAGUACAAAGCGUACUCGGUUAUGGAUAGAAGAGCUAGAUAAUGUAUUAUGUUCUGACUCCAGUGAAGAGGAAAAGUUAGAAAAUGAAGACUUCUUAUCAUCUGAUGGUUCUCCUAAUCCUGAAAAAGAAAAUGAUAAUGAAGAUACUACGAAGUCUACCGACAUUCCUGUAGACUCUUCAGAAAAUAACGAUUCUAAACAAGAGACUACUAGUAACGAGAAGAAGGAAGAUUCGGAAAAUUCACGUGUCGACCAUCCAACAGCAGUUGUACAGCCCUUAACGGAUGAACAGUUGAAUGAGAUAAAUACUGCAGAAAGUCUGGAAACAUUUGGAUUAGAUGUUCUUAAGGCAACUUUAACUGCCCGGGGUUUAAAAUGUGGAGGAACUUUAAAAGAAAGAGCUAACCGACUGUUUUCAGUUAAAGGUUUAAGUCCUGAUCAAUAUCCUAUGAAAUUAUUAGCUAGGACCAAAUAA